AUGGGAGGCAGGGUAAUUUUUGUUGAUACUUGGAAAGUAGUACGGUCGUUCAAGGAGCACACGGGCACUGUUGUUUCGUUAGCGCUUGCAUCGAACGAUGAAUUUCUUGUUACAGGAUCUGGAGAAUUUGUGGUCAUGGUUUGGGAUUUGUCGACAGGUGAAUUGGCUGUUCGAUUAGCUGGCCUCAUGGCUCCCGUUUCAUGUAUCACAAUGACCAGCAACGAUGCAUUUGUGGCAGUGGCAUGCGAAGACGAGACUCUGCGAGUGUUUGGGACAGUUUCCGGUCAAGAACUUCAUGAACUAUCCGGGCACGAUGGGAAAGUUGUUGCAAUGGUUGCUGCUCAUGAUGACUGCCAACUGUUUGCUGCUACUGUUGCUAAAAUUUACAUAUUUGACAUCCACAAUGGGAAACUUUUGGAUAUACUGAACUGUGUGAAUGUACAACCGGUUACUUCCCUUAAGAUCACGAGUGAUAACUAUUUUUUGCUAUCGGCAUGCGGCGAUCGUAUUGAUAUCUGGAAUAUCCAGAAUCAAAAUCGUGAAAUCAGCGCGACAAACGAUGACCAAGGCGUUGUUACGGGCAUAUGCAUGUCUCGGGACGAGAAAACUGCCGCUUGCGCAACGAGCUACGGUGUUGUUGCACUCUGGGACCUCGAUAUAUGUCAGUGUAUUUGUACGGUUCGUAAUCAUUUGUUUUAA